GAAGUGCUACAUUUCGACGUGUACAUCCUCACGCUGUGCUUCCGGUUAAGCAAAAGCGUGAUCAGUCGUGCUCGGUCUCUCUUCCCUUCCUCGGCUCGCAGUAGAGGCGUCUCGUAGGAUUCUCCCGGUUCCUUUACCUCUUUCUCUUCCCUCCCUAACGGAGUACUCACUCAGUCCAGCGGACAUGGCAUCUGCAGCAGCGGCACAAGUUCAGUCCACCCCAGCUUCAGCUCCACAGCUGCAGAGGGGAAUAGUGAAGACGGUCUUGUCUGGUUGUGCUGUCAUCGUUAGGGGUCAGCCGCGAGGAGGGCCCCCUCCAGAACGACAGAUCAACCUGAGUAACAUCCGAGCCGGAGCUCUCGCCCGUCGCGCAAUUCAGGGUCAACCAGACACCAAGGACACACCAGAUGAGCCAUGGGCUUUCCAGGCAAGAGAGUUUUUGCGCAAGAAGGUAAUCGGCAAAGAGGUCUGCUUCACCGUGGAGAAUAAAACCCCUCAAGGCAGGGAAUACGGCAUUGUCUUCCUGGGAAAAGACACCACAGGAGAAAAUAUCGCAGAGUCCCUGGUGGCCGAAGGUCUUGCCGCAGUUCGCAGAGAAGGCAUCAGAGGAAACAAUCCUGAUCAGGUUAGACUGUGUGAUUUGGAGGACCAAGCCAAGGCUGCUAAAAAGGGUCAGUGGUCUGAGGGUGGAGGUGCACACACUAUUCGAGAUCUGAAGUACACCAUCGAGAACCCUCGCAAUUUUGUGGACUCCCUCCAUCAGAAACCAGUCAAUGCCAUUAUUGAACAUGUGCGUGAUGGCAGCAUGUUACGGGCGCUGCUUCUGCCCGACUACUAUCUGGUGACGGUCAUGCUGUCUGGAAUCAAGUGCCCUACGUUUAAACGGGAGGCAGAUGGCAGCGAGACUCCUGAGCCCUUUGCAGCAGAAGCAAAGUUCUUCACAGAGUCUAGGCUUCUUCAGCGAGAUGUACAGAUCAUUUUGGAGUCUUGUCCCAACCAGAUCAUUCUGGGGACCAUCUUGCACCCGAAUGGGAACAUCACAGAGUUGCUGUUGAAGGAAGGCUUUGCUCGUUGUGUGGACUGGUCCAUGGCUGUGUACACCCAGGGUGCUGAGAAACUCCGAGCAGCAGAACGGUCGGCGAAAGAGCGUAAAGUGAGAAUCUGGAAGGACUAUGUUGCUCCCACAGCCAAUCUGGACCAGAAGGACAGACAGUUUGUAGCAAAGGUGAUGCAAGUCAUGAAUGCAGAUGCCAUCGUGGUGAAGCUGAACUCUGGGGAGCAUAAGACCAUCCACCUGUCCAGCAUCAGGCCCCCGAGGCUUGAAGGCGAGGAGAAGAACAAGGACAAAGACAAGCGUUUCCGUCCACUCUAUGACAUUCCAUACAUGUUUGAGGCACGGGAAUUCUUGAGAAAGAAGCUCAUUGGCAAGAAGGUUAAUGUCACGGUCGAUUACAUCAGAGCUGCCACCAGUGCCAUGGAAACGGGUGGCGUCCCAGCUUUCCCAGAGCGCACCUGUGCUACAGUGACCAUUGGAGGAAUAAACAUUGCUGAGGCUCUGGUCAGUAAAGGUCUCGCAACCGUGAUCAGAUACCGUCAGGACGACGAUCAAAGAUCUUCCCAUUACGACGAGCUCUUGGCGGCAGAGGCAAGGGCGAUCAAGAACGGUAAAGGACUUCACAGCAAGAAAGAAGUGCCCAUUCACAGGGUGGCAGACAUUUCAGGGGAGACACAGAAGGCGAAACAGUUCUUGCCAUUCCUGCAGAGAGCGGGCCGCUCGGAGGCUGUGGUGGAGUACGUGUUCAGUGGCUCCAGACUCAAGCUCUACAUGCCCAAAGAAACAUGUCUCAUCACCUUCCUGCUCGCUGGCAUCGAGUGUCCCCGAGGGUCUCGAAACAUGCCAGGUGGGAUGCAGGUGGCAGAGCCGUACAGUGAGGAAGCCACAAUCUUCACCAAAGAGCUGGUUCUUCAAAGAGAGGUGGAAGUGGAGGUGGAGAGCAUGGAUAAAGCAGGAAACUUUAUUGGCUGGCUUCACAUUGAGGGUGUGAAUUUGUCCGUCGCUCUGGUGGAGAACGCCCUGUCCAAGGUCCACUUUACUGCAGAGAGAAGCUCCUACUACAAGUCUCUCUUGUCUGUGGAGGAAACCGCCAGACAGAGAAAAGAGAAGCUCUGGGCCAAUUAUGAAGAGAAACCAAAAGAAGAGGUGGCUCAGCUCACAGAGCAGAAGGAACGUGUGGCGAAAUACAAAGCUGUCUAUGUCACCGAGAUCACAGAUGGACUGCACUUCUACGCGCAGGAUGUGGAAACCGGUACUAAGCUGGAGAGCCUGAUGGAGAGCAUGCGAGGAGAGAUUGCCGCCCAACCUCCGGUGGAAGGAUCCUAUGCCCCGCGCAGAGGGGAUUUCUGCAUCGCAAAGUUUGCUGAUGGAGAAUGGUACAGAGCUCGCGUCGAGAAAGUUGAAUCUCCAGCAAAGGUUCACGUGUUCUACAUCGACUAUGGAAACAGAGAGAUACUAUCCUCCACGCGUCUUGCAGCCCUUCCUCCAGCCUUCAGCACGCGUACGCUUCCUCCACAGGCUACAGAAUACACAUUUGCCUUCAUUCAGGUCCCACAGGAUGAAGACGCACGAGCUGACGCCGUGGACAGUGUGGUCAGGGACAUUCAAAACAAACAGUGUCUGCUGAACGUGGAAUACAGUGGAGCUGUCUGCCCGCACGUCACGCUGCAGUUUGCUGACUCGAAAGAUGAUGUGGGUCUGGGUCUGGUGAAAGAAGGCCUUGUCAUGGUGGACGUACGGAAAGAGAAGCACCUGCAGAAAAUGGUGACUGAAUAUCUGAAUGGCCAGGAAUCUGCCAAGAGUGCCAGGCUUAACAUUUGGCGUUAUGGAGAUUUCCGUGAUGAUGAUGCAGUUGAGUUCGGGUAUCGCCGCUAAGUCAUUGUUCCAAAGACCUUGAGGAAGACCAGAUUCGCAGAGAACACAAAAAAGAAUAAAAAUCAUGACAACAAAACAAAACAUCAGUAUGCUCUUAUUUUUUUCUAACAUUGAACAUUUGCCUCUUUUAUUUUCUGUGAUUUUUUUUUUUUUUUUAAUACUCUGUGCAUAUCCUCUCUUCUGUCUAAGGACUUUGUUUCUUGUCAUUUUCUUUUCUUUUUUUUAUGCGUAUAGGCUACAGAUAAUUCUACCUGUAGCUGCUUCAAAUAGGACCAACGUACUUACCUUAAUCUUAGAUUUUGACAUUAGCCAAACAUUUUUUUGCCAAUCACCAGCUGUAAAACCCCAAUCAGAUUCUGGGUGUAUUUUGGGGCAAGACUUUUAAAGAAAUGAGGGGGAUGCACAGAGAAACCAUGAACUCAACAGCUUGCUGAGAAAACACCUCCUUAAUCAUGAGAUUCUAUAUUUCAGUAUAUAUAUGGAUAUGGAUAUUUUGAAGUUGGAUCAGAACUAACCAAGUGAACUUACUGAACAUAUCUUUCUCUCUCUCUCUGAUGUGAUCUGAGUGUUCAGUGACAUUUCUGGGGAUUUAUGUGUAGGAAGUGUGUUUUCUCUUUUUCUGCCAGCACCUUUACAAGCGUCUCUCAGCCUCCUCGGUGAGUUUUACUCAACGGUCAUCCUUUCGUCUUUUCCUGCUCUUGCCCAGCAUACAGAAACAGUGUUUGAAUUUCUUUCCUUCUGAGGUAGACCCUGCCAUUGUAUUUAAAUCUGACAAAUAAAAAUGAGCAAAGUGU